AAAAAUAAAUUAUUAUUUUAAGCCUCGAUGUAGGCAAAUUAAGAUUAAAUGUACCUAUUUGACAUGAAUGAUAAAGUUUCAAUUAAGCUUAAAUUUUCAAUCUAAAUUUGGAGCGAUAAUGUGCAAAUUUGAUGACGUAGUAGGACUACGUCAUCAAAGGGUUUGCAGCAUGAUGAAUUGGUGCGAUUGUGCUUGAAUUGUUGGGCAAAUUUUAGAUAAAGCUUUGUCAGAAAAAUUGCAACAGACGGUGCAAACCUACUUUUUGAAUCAAGACUAUCUCAUGCAUAUAUCUAGCUAACAUAGAAGCUAGACUGAAAUUGAAUAUUGUACACUUGAAGUGUAAAUAAUAAAUGGUCAAUGUCAUACUUCAAAGACAGAGUAAUAAUAAGAUGUGAGCCUAAUUGAAAUUCAAUCGUUCCCUGCCUGCCGCUAAAUCUCUUGCUCAAUUUUUUGGCUUGAUAGGCCCAUUUAUGGAUGAUUCCUAUUACUUGAAUCAAUCUGAGUAGUUUUAGGUGUUUUGUCUCGUUUUCACCGCUGCUGAAGGGGCACUACAAUAACCAACUUAAUCGGGCCAUGGCAACAGAAUGGUUGCCAAAGAGACUAUGUUGACGAACUGAGGUGACGUAUACUACACGCACCUGCGUACAGUCAGCCUAACUUGCCAAAGGAUUUGAUCUCAUAACUAUGAACUGUUAGCUGUAUACUUUUUUAAAACAAAAGUGAAAUACAACUAGUAAACAAAUUUAAUUCCUUUGCCUGUGCGACAUAGUGAAACUCUAAUUUUACCAUCAGGUACGCACUUAAUGCAACACUUCUUUUAUAAUGUGAUUUAAAGAUAGCAAGACUGUUGAGCCUUCGCUCCCAGUUUAAUCCGUCUGUUGGCACCUGCCACUUCACGUAAUGAUUCCAAAUUCCACAAUAUGAAAAAUUAUUCAAUGAGAUAAAAAGUGAACUUUUCUUUUGUUGUCUGUCAUAGUAAGAAUUUCGAUGCCAUCCGCGCUUUCACCAUAUGCUGUUGGUUUAAUGCAAACUUAACAAACACACAAUACUACCACUUGAUCAAUAUAGCGGAAAGUCUAUUACAGAAAUCGAUGUUAGCGUUCUUAAUUGGAUGGCGUUAGUUUACUUUUCGUGCCUAUUGACAAUUAAGUUGGAUGGUGAUUGUAGGGUAUUACUAAUACAGACAGAAUUAAGCAAGAUAAUUUGGUUUAGAGAAGUGGUAAUUCACGGCUGUAAUGACGCAAUUAUUGGUUUGUGGUUUAAGAAAAUACUUGCAAUUGCGUUAAAUACUGUGUUCUAGCGGGAAAAGCGAAUGGUAUACAUUGAAACUGUAAAAUUAAAUUACGACAUUGGAUUCAUGCAAUAAAACCAGCAGCAAUGAAAUUAAAUUCUGUGCAUUCAAGUCAUGCGCUCUGAAAUCCAGAUUAAAGUUGCAUACUUCAAAGUGAGAGUUUUACAUCUAUUAUUAAAGGAACAUUUCAUUGAGGUUGCUUAGGCUUGGAAUUAAUUAACAAAGAAAGAAGUAACGCGAAAGCGCCAGCUGAUGAAUUCAACUAGACAUUGGAAACGAGAUAAGCUAUCGACGAAUACCUGCAUUAUGUUUGAAUUAUUGACGCAACUGGGAAUCUGUAGAAACCUAUUCUGAUCUGAUCACAAUCGAACAACCUGCUUUUCCUCGAGUUAAGCGACAAUCUGCAAAGCAAUCUCGUACGGUUCAAAGCUGCAUAGUUCUACAAUACUACAAAGUUGAAGAAGCAAAGACCUCAAGGAAACUGCACUUCGUAGCCGUUGGGAUUUCGAAGUUUCUGCAAUGUCACACACAGACCCAAAGAGUCUGGCGAACCUCUACCAACCACUGGAUGAGGUCGCGUCCGGAUUCUCUCGAACAAUCCACGAGCUUUGCUCCUCAAGAUGGUUCUGUUUUGAAGAUUUCAAACAGCAUGAAAUUCUAUUGUCCGAAGCCUAUGUACUUCUUUGGCAGAACUCAGAAACAGGCGAUAUUGAUGGCCGCAAGGUUGGAUUGCCACUCAAAGUCGGGGCAUAUGCCGCAGUCUUUUUAGACCUAAUAAUAUCUAGGAAAAUCGAAGUAUAUUACCAGCACGACGAAAAGGAGUCAAGGGUUAGAGUGAUAGAUGACACGGCCACGGGCACCUUUCUCGACGAUGCAUUGUUUGAUGACCUUCGUUUGAAACAUCAUCGAGUUAUUCGACUUUCAAAGUGGUUAGAGAAGGCGGAGGAGUCGGCUUGUGUGGAAAUUAUUCUCAGUAGUUUAAUUCUGAGAGGUAUUCUGAAAAAAGAGAAAAUAGGAUUUCCAGGUCUUAGAUUUUUUAGGCGAUUUCCAACGACCAACCCAGAGCCAGAAAAAGAUCUAAUUGCACAGAUACGCUCGCUUAAUGUUGACGAGGAUGGCAAAGUAGAUUCUUAUAUUGUUUCCUUGCUAGCGAUAUGCCGUGAAGCAGAUAAUGUGUUUCUGAUUUCUGAUCCUAUCCUAAAGAAAUAUUUUAAUUCUGUAGAAUAUCCGGAGCUAAAGAAAAAGAUUGAUAGAAUCAUAAUAGAUCUGCUGCGAAGAGGUAGACCCAGAAGCUGGUACAGGCCGAAAAGUAGAAACCUUACUAUAGGAAGUUCCCCUGCAGCUUCACCUAGAUUCACACCGAGGAUCUCGCGACGAAGCUCGUCAAUGCACGAAGCACUAUCUAAAACUAAAUCCAGUGACACAUGAGGUACGGGUAUAUUACAAGCAUACAAUGGAAAUGGAACCAGAACUUUUAUAGUCUUUGCCUUUUGAUAAAGGUGAGAGUCGGGAAAAAUGCCGAACGCUUGAGAUUUUUAAUAAUCAACUCUAUGAAGUCGUAUUUAUUUAAAAAUAAGUGAUGUCUUAUCUUGUAUUUAUGUAUUGUAUUACCCACUUUAUUUAAAGGAUGAUGAUUCCUAAUGAUGGAAUAUUUGUCUAUUCGAGGGCAUGUAGAUUUCUGCAUGUGUUGGAAUCAAUCUCUAUUCAUCGAAACAUUAUUUUGCUAGGAAAAGAUCGUCGCAUCGGCAUUCGGUUCGAAGUCUUCGUUUGGUAUUGCAGUAACGGUUCGAAGUCUUCCUCUUUACACAUUCUAUUCUGAUUGCCGAUCCAGGAUGGGAAUCUUUCUGAAUCUUUAUGAACAUUUUCUAAUGAUUUUUAAAAGAAAAAUCAUUUCCUUCCGUAAAACAAAAAAAUUAUUUUAAAAAAAUACAAUUUAGUAAGAGAUUCUACAAGUAAUUGAUGUAAUUUAAUUCCUGAAUGGAAAGUAAAGACUUUGAAUACGAGAAUCUUGUCCCAGACCGUAAGAAGUUGCAUUGGUUGAUUAAAAUCAAAUCGGGCGUCGUCUUCAAAUUUUACGAUGCAAAGCUUUGCAAGAUCUAUGAAAUUAAAAACCUUUUUAGGAACACUUUUAGACUGCUUUAUCAAAACUAAAAGUCAUUUGAAAAAACCCCGUCAUCCAAGUAUUCGCUUCCGACGAGUUCAGAACGAUUGAUUUAAAAGCCAAAAAGUAGAAAUAAACGAGUAGCAAAAAGAACAAUUUCGGCCACUCUAAGGUAUACACUUGUCUUACAUAAAAAUCUUUUACAUCAGAAUGGACUAUUUUAACAAAAAGAUUCCGGCCAAGUGAUACAAAGGGGGACGACAUAAGAAUGCAGAUGCCGGUUUGCGGUGCCCACAGAUAAUAUGAAGUUUCAUUAAACUUUGAUUGUCACCAUAUACGCUACUUGAAAGCACAGUUCAUGCUUUUGAGCUCCUGUUUCAAGACAUUGUGCAGGAAACUUCAAGAGCUUCAGGGACUGGCAAAGAACAGAGGAGAACAAGUUUUCAAGGAAUUUAUCAGAAAUUUAAAAAUGAAGUAACAACAAAAUUUAGCUUUCAGAGUCAAAGUUUUGAAAAGAUCAAUUUAACGAUGCAUCUUUAAACAUAUAAUUUUGGAAAGUAGUUCAAAAGCUUCAAAGGAAGCACAAAGAUAGCAGAAUUGGGUUCACAAAGAGAUGGUGAUCAAAACAUGGUUGUUGAUUAUUAUAACAAAGGAAGCCUAAAUGAAUUGAUAAUUUGUACUAGUACCAGCAGGAGGAUCGCACUAACAUUUUUAGGGUCCCCGGACCAAGCAUAGAUGGGGCCUCCCUAUCAACAAAUGUGAAAGUCCGAGAAUUUUUUUGUAGAAAACUGAGAUCAAAGGAAUUUUAUGAGUUGUUGCAAAGUUGGUCGAAAGCUGUUUUCUUUGCCUCUUUAUCUACCAAAAAUUCAACUAAUGAAUCAAACAAAUACGUUUAUUUUUAGUAUAUGAAAAAUUAGAAUUUUUUGCUAAAUCUUUUAUCAUUUAGUAUGCCUCCUUAAUCAUAACCAAACGUCUAGAUUCACUUGCUUCCCAUGAUUGUCGCCGAAGAGUGAAAAAAAAAUUUAAAAUGAGAGACUCCAUUCGUUGGUAAUGCAUUCUUUGAAGCAACUUAACCUUAGUACUGUAAAUAUUGAGGCCCUAUAAGGCGGGGAGAGGGAAUGACAUUAUUUUUUAUUUCAUGAUGAUAUCUUGCCAUUAUUUCAUUUUUCAAAAUUACCAAAGGAAAAUAUGUUAAAAUUGUCAAAUGUUCCAUUUCUGCUCCCAAAAUAUAAAUUUUUUAAUAGGUGUCAGACAUACGAGUCUUCAAAACCAACCUUUGCAUUGAAAAAUGUUGAAAAUGUAUAUAUGUUGAAGUGUUGAAAUAGCAAAAUUGUUCCAUACUUGGGUAAAAAUAGGGAAGUCGUUCUCUUUGGAACUGUUGUGAUAAUUUGGUACUUUUGAGAGGAAUCUAAAGACACCUGAAGGGUGCAGCCUGGAGGGGCCCACAGACAUGCCCAGAAGACGCACUGUGCUAGAAGAAUUUUUGAAUUUUGAAUAAAGGGCAUCUUCUUUGGCUCUGCUAACCGCCUAGAGCCCUAAUAACCAGUAAAUUCAGUUGUUCGAUCGAGUCUUUAUCCUAUAGUCAUACUGUUAGUAUUCAUGUACAAUCCUAGGUUCAAUAGAUGGUAAGAAAUAAUGCAAAAGAAAAUUCAUGCGAAGUUCAAACUAAAUGAAAUCAACUCUUACAAAGUUCUCAAGAAGAAAUCAUUAUAAAUAGCAGAGAUUGACUAUAUGCUUCUAGAUAGUAGGCUUCUUUUUCAAGGGAUACUCGUUGUGUUGGAAACCCUUCAGAUAUAAUUCAGAUAUGAUGAAUAUAUAUCUGACAUUCCAAUCCAAGGCUAAACUUCAAUUCAAACUGCUAACAUAAGGGACAACGGUUCUUCGCGAACUCCAAUACCUACUACAAGAUCCCAAAAUACGUAACGAAUAACGAGGUACAGCGCAGUCUUUCUCAAGCGCUGCCUGUCCUAAAUAGAAACUGGGCUGCAAGAGCUUUCGCAAGCUUCUUGGGCGAAACGGUUUGCUUCCUUCUAAUGUUUAGUCUUACAUGUCUGAUCUCCAUUAAUCUCUCUCCGAACCUUCCUAAAUCUAAUUACUAGCAUAAAAUGUUACUAAGAAUAGACUACGAGAUAAUUAUAAAACUUAGAAGCAGCUGAAUACGCAAUUUGAUGUGAUCCUAAUGAAGGAUAAUCCUGCAACAAUAGAAUAGAAUGCUGUGUUAUGCUGCAUGUGCUGUGUCGCAAAGACGGAACAUUCAAGACCCAAGCAGGCACGUAAAUAAUAGGAUGCUCGGGGGUGUGACGCCCCCUAAAAGUUUGAUAAAACCAAUUUCAGUUGAAAAACUUAACAGAUUACUUGGAUUUUUUUCUUAAGACCAAAUUUAUAUGUUAGUCUUCACCUCCUUAUCAUAAGUUGCUAUGAUAAAGCUGCUGAGAAGCCAGAAGACAUUACAGAAGCUGCAGCAGAAUUAUUUGAUCAAAUAAGAGUGUUUCAUCUUGCGAAUGGGGAAUAUGCACAUGCACUUGCUCUCGAAUCACCCAUUUCAUUUGUAAAAAACGAAAAGAAAUUUGGCCCCCUAAAAAUUGUUUGAAAUUUCCUUCGAUCAAAAACAAAGAUGAACGACUCAAUUCCUUGAUGCUUUCAUAUCGUUAAAGAAAUAUUAUAGAUAAAAUUUAUAUGCAGCAAAUUAGCUUUAACAAAGGCAAAGCAGAAAAAGAAGAAUCACUCCUAACUGACUUGAAAGAAUAUCAUUUUUUAUCCUUAAACAUGUAUAGUACUGGUUAUACUUCAGUAUUCGUGGUUAUACUGGUUAUACUGGUUAAAGGUCGAAAGGAAAAUUACUAAAGUAAAGUUGGAACUUUCAUCCUUCUACGCUCCCCCCAAAAAUUAGGGAGUUGUUUUCUUCCCUGGAUACAAGAGGGAUUUUCUAAAAUCUACAUUAGUAACAAAACAUUUUGUCAGAUAAUUUUUGGCGGAUAAACUUUGUCGAAACAAAUUUCGGACAAUUUUUCAGAAUUUCGCCAGGACAAAAUUUCGUCGCUUUUAAAGAAAUGCUUUUAAAAAGUUUCUACUCUAUAUCUCUAAGGCAUGGAAGUUUAUAAAGGGAGCAUAAUUAAAGUUUUUAGUGUGAAUGUAAGCACAAAAAGAAAAUGAUUCGGAAAGAUCUCAAAAAGAAAAGGUUGAUCUCGAAAUUGUGCUUCCUGUAGAGUUCAGAAUUUGGUUGAAAAGUGCAAAUACCUUGAACUAAUGAAAGAAAUAGUACAGUUGAGGUAAAAAGACAGAGAUGGAAUCCUUUGAAACCGGCGACGAAACACUAGUUAGAACAGUAGUAUAGCCAGGGUGGUAAGAUUUAGGGGGGGGGAGGGGUUGGGCAAAGGCGAGUUGAGCAGAAAACAUUCAGCAAGUCAACCAAAGGAGGUGGCGUCCGCCUCUCGGUACGCCACUGAGUUGGAGCUAUUUUUAUUGAAAGAUGGUGAAAAGGAAAGUUAAUCCAAGAACCGACAAUGAUUUAGAUGAUGAUGAUGAUGAUGAUGAUGAUACCUACGAUAAAUAUAAUUAUGAAGAUUAUGUAAAUGAGGAAUGACGAGAGUUGCAAGGAAUAGUUCAAAAGGACACAUAAAUUUGGCAUUUUGACGCAAUUGAUUUUGUUUAUCAAAGAGUAUGGUCUCGUUAAUCAAUCAUCGCUUCGAUUUUCGAGUAACUGAGGGUACUUUCUUUGAUUUUAUAGAAGUCAAGUUUUUAGUAAUGAGAUACCCUCAAAUAGUUCAGCACGUUGAUCUUUCUGACAGGACCCUCGAGAGGCUUCGGAGACCUUGCAGUAAAACAGAAAGAUGAGGCUCCCUGCGAGCGGAGCGAGCAGAAAUUUUUUGCGACCUCGCCUUUUAAAUUGUCUUAAAAUGCGUUUCAGAAUAUUUUUUGCAGUCAUCUCUUGAAAUCAAUUUAAAUAUUUGCUUAUGGACUAGGGCAGUCUUUUCAUGAAUGGAUGUUAAGUACCAACAGGGAAACACCAAGAAAAAAACUAAAAAAACAGACGC